GUCUCUUCUCAUCAGUGACCUAGAGCACGGAGGAAAGGUUCUCAUGGGACCCGGGAAGCAGGGAGGAGAGAUUGCUCCUUGUACUUGCACUGGGCUGGAAGCACCAAAAAGGAAAGGAAGAUUCUAGCCCAGCUUGGGAGAAGCCCAGAAACGAACUUCAGGAGGGAAAAGUGGGCCCAGCUGAUCCCCAGAGUGGCAUCAGUUCUCAUCUUCACCAGAGACUGCUAAAGCAAUUGAAUUUAGGAAUCAGGACUCUAAAAGAGGUUUUGACUUCAGAAGUCUAGAGGUAUUGACUUGAGCUGAGUGGGAACAGAAACCUUUGCUUUGAGGAGUUUGAGCAAGAAUAGCAAGAUGACUCCAGCCCGUCCUCACUCCCUGUGUCUGCUUAUACUUUAUUUGACAGUGGGAAAUGGUCAAGACGGGAAAUUUAGUGGACCCCUGAAGCCCAUGACAUUUUCCAUUUACGAAGGCCAAGAAUCAAGUCAAGUCAUCUACCAGUUUAAGCUCAAUCCUCCUGCUGUGGCUUUUGAACUAGAUGGGGAGACAGAUGACAUAAUUAAGAUGGAACCUAAUGGACUCCUGUAUUACAUCAGAGCCCUGGACAGGGAAACAAGAGCUACUCACAAUCUCCAGAUUGCAGCCCUGGAUGCUCAAGGAGUGACAGUGGAGGGUCCAGUCCCUAUCACCAUAGAAGUGAAGGACAUCAACGACAAUCGUCCCAUGUUCUCUCAGGAGAAGUAUGAAGGCUCAGUGAGGCAGAACUCUCGCCCAGGAAAGCCAUUUAUGUAUGUCAAUGCUACAGACCUGGAUGACCCAGCCACUCCUAACGGCCAGCUUUUUUAUCAAAUUGUCAUCCAGCUCCCCAAGAUCGACAAUGUUAUGUACUUUCAGAUCAACAACAAAACAGGAGAAAUAUCCCUUACCCAACAAGGGGCGCAGGAACUGGAUCCUGUGAAGAAUCCUUCCUACAAUCUGGUGGUCUCAGUGAAGGACAUGGGAGGCGAGAGUGAGAAUUCCUUCAGUGAUACUGUGUCUGUGGAUAUUACCGUGAAGGAGAAUAUUUGGAAAGCCCCAGACACUGUGGAGAUUAUAGAAAACUCAACUGAUCCUCACCCCGUGAAAAUUACCCAGGUGCAGUGGAAUGAACCGGGUGCACAGUAUUCCUUAGUUGAAAAGGAGAAGCUUCCAAAAUUCCCCUUUUCAAUUGACCAGGAAGGACAUAUUUAUGUGACUCAGCCCCUGGACCGAGAAGAAAAGGAUUCGCACGUUUUUUAUGCAGUUGCAAAGGACGAGUAUGGAAAACCACUUUCACACCCGCUGCAAAUUCACGUGAAAGUUAAAGACAUUAAUGACAACCCACCGUCCUGUCCAUCUGCAGUGACUGUAUUUGAGAUCCAGGAGAAUGAAGCCUUGGGGAGCAGUAUCGGGGUCUUUACUGCCCAUGACCUGGAUGAAGUAAACACCAUCAACAGUAUCUUACAGUAUAAAAUUGUGGAGCAAACCCCCAAAAUUCCCGUGGAUGGACUCUUUCUGGUUGAAGAAUAUGAGGGAAAGAUCCAGUUAGCUAGACAGUCCUUGAAGAAGCAAGAUGCUCCUCAGUACAACUUAACAGUGGAGGUGUCUGACAAAGAUUUCAAGACCCUCUGUGCUGUAGCAAUCAAUGUUAUUGAUAUCAACGAUCAGAUUCCCAUCUUUGAAAAAUCAGAUUAUGGAAGCCUGACUCUUCCUGAAGACACAGCUGUUGGGUCCAACAUCUUAAUCAUCAGAGCCACAGAUGCCGAUGAGCCAUUUACUGGGAGUUCUAAAAUCGUGUACCAGAUUAUACAGGGAGACAAGGAGGGAAGACUGGGGAUUGACACAGAUCUCCAUACCAAUGCAGGAUAUGUCACAAUUAAGAAGCCUCUUGAUUUCGAAACAGCAUCUAUUUCCAAAAUUGUGGUCCACGCAGAAAAUCCCGAGCCUCUGGUGUCUGGUGUGAAGUACAACGAGAGUUCUUUUGCCAACUUCACUCUCUUUGUGACGGAUGUGAAUGAAGAACCUGUGUUUCCCCAACAUGUCUUCCAAGCGGAAGUCAGUGAGGCUGUGGCUGUGGGCACUAAAGUGGGCAAUGUGACCGCCCGGGAUCCCGAAGGGCAGGACGUAAGAUAUUCCCUGAGAGGCGACACAAGAGGUUGGCUUAAAAUUGACCCCAUCACUGGCGAGAUCUUCAGUGUGGCUCCACUGGACAGGGAGACUGAAAGUGUGUAUCGGGUACAAGUGGUGGCCACUGAAGUAGGUGGCUCCUCCCUAAGCUCCACGUCUUUUUUCCACCUGGUCCUCAAGGAUGUGAAUGACAACCCCCCGCGGCUGGCCAAGGACUACACAGACCUGUUCUUCUGCUACCCCCUCAGGACACCGGGAAGCCUGGUGUUCGAGGCCACGGACGACGAUCAGCAGACUUUGCGGGGUUUCCACUUCACAUUUGCCCUCGGCAGUGAAAGCUUACAGAACGACUGGGAAGUUUCCAAAAUCAAUGGAACUUUUGCCAGAAUUUCCACCAAGCACACAGCCUUUGAGGAGAGAGUUUACAAAAUCCCAAUCCGUAUCAGUGAUGGAGGCCGGCCACCCUUGGAAGGGACGGUCGAUUUACCAGUUACCUUUUGUACCUGUGUAGAAGGAAGCUGUUUCCAGCCAAUAGGCAGACAGGAUGGGAUGCCCACUGUGGGUAUGGCUGUUGGUAUACUCCUGACUACUUUUCUAGUCAUUGGUAUAAUUUUAGCAGUUGUGUUUAUUCGCAUCAAGAAGAAGAAAGGCAAAGAUAAUGUUGAGAAUGCUCAGGCAUCUGAAGUUAAACCCCUGAGAAGCUGAAUUGGAGAAGGAACGUUUGAGUUUAGACUAUGUGAAGUGCUAUUUCAAUGACACAACUGUUUAAUCUCAUAAUUUUAGUUUUCAUCUAACAUGUGUGCUAUAAUUUUUUACAGAUAUUCCCUCUUGCCCUUUAAUAUUUUACUCUUAGAUAUUUCAUGUACUAUAGACAUUAGAAAUAUUUUCCAUUUUCCCAUGACAUUUUUCCCCCCUCUAAAGCCUCAGCUACUUAACCCAAACUAAAAAUGUAUGUGUUCUUCCCCUUUGGGAAAAGAUAAGCUAAUUAAAUAUUCUGCACAUUUUUUUGCUUCAUCAAGGGGAGUUAUCAGUUAUCCACCAUAGAACUUUCUGGAUUCCAUGAAUGCCUUUUCUGAUUCCAUCCUUUGUCCACGUCUCCUUUUACUGAAUUACAAAAGAACAAAGAGAGGUCUUAGGGAGACCUGAAAGAGCAGCCUUGACCCUCAGUAUGAAGAGAAACUCUUCUGUGUUAUUCACCAUCCUUAACCCAAAGUGGUCAGUGCUGCUGUCCAGCUUGGGAAUGGCCCAGAGCCCUAGGAAACGCCCAACACAGUUGCUCUGUUUCCACAAAGGCCUACUUCAUACACCUGGGGGAAGAAACAAUCAGCUGCCUGGGUUUACUCACUCCCUACCACGCUUACAUGCUGCGCAUGUUUUCUUUAUUUGUAUAUUAAUAAAGUUUUGGUUAUUAUGUAUUUAACAUGUGGAAGAAAAUAAGGAAGCAUGGAAGUGGCACCAAAAAUCAAGAAUAAAGGUUUGUGGUGGUUGUUUUGUUUCCCUGA